AUGACAAAGCACCCACCGUCCUCUUUCAACAUAGAUGAUAUUUUAAUGCGGUCGCGAGGAGCAGCCCCUCCAAGACCAACGCUAACACCCAGAGACAGAACCGCCGUGGUAGAAUCGAUGCUGUCGGCGUCGUGCAUCCAGUCUUGUAUUCGCCGGGACCUGACGGCCGCCUCCCCGAUGUUCCCGUACCUAUCCGCCCCUGCCUACAUGCCGCCGGCGCUGCUACCGACCGUCUACCACAGCCCGGGAUCGGAGUACUCGUAUCUUCUCCACGCUCCCGGACUCCCCUUGCCAAGCUUGCACAGAACCGAGAGUCAUAUUCGCCAUUGCCGUCGUCGGAAAGCGAGAACCGUCUUCAGUGAUGAGCAACUGAGUGGACUGGAAAAACGUUUUGAAAAUCAGAAAUACCUCUCUACGCCAGAGAGAAUAGAACUUGCCACACAGCUGAACCUCUCAGAAACGCAGGUGAAAACGUGGUUUCAAAAUCGACGCAUGAAGCAGAAGAAAGUCCUCCGAGCCGAAAAACUUACAGGGAUAACCGGUGGAGUUCGCUCCCGUUCCCCAGAGGAAAAUGACACCCCCUUCAGUCGAGAGUCCACUAACGCCGACUCCGGGAGCGACACCUCUUCAAACGCCUUUGAGGACUUGGAGGAAGAGAGAGCGACGCUGGACGUAUGUAACGAAUGAUUCAAAAGCACGAUUCAAAUGAUUCAAAAGCAAAUUGCUUGAUGAUGCCCUGGUGCCCUUCCUGUUAUUCGUGUCGUUUGAAUACCUGUGCAUGUAUGGUGAUAAACUGAGAUAACAAGCACUUCUUGGUGAUUGGUCAUCAUAGAUAGAGGUUCAUAUCACUAUCCAUUGUUGGUGAGAGUUAUUUGCUACAGGUCAUAAUUUCGGUAGCCACUUAAGAGCGAUUUCCCGCUACGAAAUUGGGCGUAAUCGAAGUGUUCCAUGCAAGACCUAGAUACAUCUGAAGUAGAAGAGUUUUUAAAUUGGUAUUUCCACAACCAAUACCUUUAAUAAGGUAUCAUUACCCGUUAAAAGUUGUGAAGGUUAGAAUGUCAAAUAAGUAUCUUAUCCAGAUUCGAAGGCACUAUAGGCUUAAUCAAUAACAGAUUUUAGACUAUAAUGGCAUUCCAGGGCAUGUCGCUUUUAUUAUCGUUGACGUUAAAUUGAAUCUAGGGGCUCAAAAGUUAUGAAAUUAUGAUUUUUUGGCAUCUUCUGUUCGUUAACUUUGAACAUAAUUUCAAGGUAAACAUAUUUUGUCCAAUCAUAUAUGAUAUACUAUUGUGUUAAAUUUUAGUUACACAAUUUUUGAUGAUAUAAGUGACUGAGGUUGUCGCUGACGUCAUCCUGUGUGUUAGUUGAGUUUUUUAUGUUAGGGGAAACAAUUCAAGGCGUACAUGAAGGUAUGAGGUUAGAUAUUUAUUGUAGGAUUCACACGAUAGCUGCAGAAAAACAAAUACGAGGGGAAGGAAAAUAUUUGGUAACGCAAAAAGAAAACAACCACAUCUAAUCCAAGCAAUUAGAACAAAAUUGUCCAAAAACUGAUAUUUAACAUUAUAUUUUGUAUUUAGGUAUGCAAUUUGGAACAUGUCAUUAUCAUUAAGAGUGGCGUAAAGAUGAAGCUUUACAUUUGAAAGAAUGUUUUUUAACAAAAGUUCAUUUUUAUGUAAGAGAACAUAUAGUUAUUGAUAUCUCAUAUGGCCAAGUGACAAAUGAUCUCUAAAGAAGCCGAUUUGACUUUCAUCAUGUCUAAAUGAAGGUUAUGUGUAGGGACUUUGCAUUGGAUGAAAAUAUACUUGAAGGUGAUGUAUCGUUUCGCAGGCCGAACGAUAAAUAUUCGGAUUGGUAUGUUUAUGUUGUAUCAAUGAAUGAAUGUUGGCACUCCAAUAUAUGUACAAUUAUUGUCUCGAAUUAAUCCCGUACAGAUAUCGAUGUUGACAUCCAAUCUUAUAGAACUGUCAGAGUCAGUAGCUUAGACGCUCCGUUACAUUUCAUAGAAAUUUAAAACUCGCUCAUACACGUGGUGCUAAUUAUUUAAGUCAAAACGUGUCCAAAACGUCUAGGAAUUCGUCCGUUCGGAUACAGCUGUAAGAAUGACAGACACCAAUAUAAGGAACCUAAUGCAGUUUUUUGACGAACCUACCUUGUUAUCAUUAUAUUCAGAGAUACUGACCAAGUAUGUAUCUUUCUGAUGCUUUCUUCAAAAUAAUGAAAAACUUUUACAACAACUUAUCUCAGGGCUCUUAUUAUUAUAUUUGUGCGGGUCGUAUAUAUUUUUUAAAUUUUAUCUUGGAUUUAAGAGAAUGCACACGUAAUUCGAUAGCGUAGAAUAUGUUAUACAUCUGUGAUAUGUUUUGUAUACACACUCCAUAAAUAAACGUACAGAAUAGUGUUUUGAUGCCAAAUGUUCAUAUAGUAAUAUUAGUCGUUUGACUAGACUAGAUGCUGUGCCUGAACAGACGCUUGUCCAGUGGUUUUUAUUUCCCAGGUAAGCUAAACUUGGUUUGAAAUCAUAUCGUGAUAGCACAAUAUAUUCGGGUUACUUUCAAGGUAGUCGUCCCCAAAA